CACCACCCGAGCACCAUGGGCGACUCGCUUGUCGGCAUGACCUUCAGCUUCGUGCCCGCCCCGCCGAGCAAGGACGACGGCCAAGCUCCUCGUGGCGGCCUGGGCUCGCAGGUCCUCCCUGUCGCAGAACUCGGCGACGACUUUGCGGGCGACCCUGAAGACGGCUCGCAGUACCUGUUCCUCGUCAGGCGAGAAGCGGCAACUCACGCCAAGGUGCUCCGUGUCGACAACCCGUACGCGGCGCAAGAGUCGGCGCCUGCGCCCACCGCAGCAGCUCCAUCGAGUCGGCCGAGUGACCCGUGGCGCGAGGCGUUCGUGCGCAACUUCCAGGCGGCCCGUCAGCGCAUGCUCACUGCGCCUAUCCACUCGAUGCCGCCCGUCGACCCGGGCAUCUUCCCGCCGCCGCGAGACGAGGGCGCCUGGCGCGUCUUCAUCAACGGCAAGCGGUCCAAGCCGCCCAAACCUGCUCCUGCCAAGCCCUCGACGAGCAAGAGCACGUCCGCGACGGCCGUCAUCGAGCAGUCGACGCCCUCGCAGGACGAGGACGUCGAAAUGGGCGACGACCUCGAGGCGGCCAAAGCGGCCAUCCUCGCCUCGCUCGAUCUCGACGCGCCUGAGCCUUCGCCGGCUCGACCAGUUCCUGCUCCGAAGCACACGCACACGCCUGCAUCUUCGACCGUCGCACCCUCACCCGCGGCGCCACCCCAAGUGCCCGAGUUCGAGCGCCUGCCCCAGCUCCCCUCGCCAGCCCUCCUCGUCGCCAUCCCCCGCCCGACUCUCGUUCACCUCCUCUCGCACUUCCACGACUGGUUCGUCGAGCGCAUCGAGGCGUACGAGGACAAGAUCAACUACGUCCCGUCGACCAUCUUUGCGCCGCCCUCACUGCGUCGUCGACCCGGCGCCGGCGCGGCAAAAGCCAGGGCCACUGCGCCGGCUCCUGCGCCGCUCAAGCCCGCCGCCAAGCCUCCUGCUGCCGUACCGCGUCCGCCGCUCCCGACGGCGCACGAGUCGCACUGGAUCCUGUCGGUCCUGACGCGGCUCGAGCAGCUCCUCGACGGCGAGGACCUCUCGUCGCUGCGCCUCCUCGCAAAGACGCUCGCCUCGAUGGCCGAGGUGUCCGAGGUGGCACGAGAGAAGCGCACGGCGGCGGCGGGAGCGGGAGGAAGGUCCAUGCAGGAGCGGCUCGAGGACGAGGAGGAGGCCGAGGGCCGUGCGCGGUGCUGGAUGGUCGUCGCCGCGAUUGCGGGCGUGUGGGCGCAGGCAGACUUGUGGGACGCGACGCUGUAGCCGGUCUCGAUGCUGCAGUGCGCGAAAGUCGGUUCGACAGGAC